AUGCCCUACAAUACUCGUCGCAAGUCGCUUUCCCUCCCUUCCCUGGGAAUUCACGUUCCCGUCACUCUGGCCGAACGCGACGCCGCCAGAGCUGCCGCCGCCGCAAGUCGACUCUCGCCUAGCCACAGCCAUAGCCAUAGCGCAUCCUCCUCCUCCACCUCAUCGAUGACGACUUCGCCCUCCUCGCACUCCCCAAGGAGUCCUUCCAGCCCCGCCGAUAUGGACGCUCAGACCCAUGUCUCCAAGAAGAUAAAACGUUCGCAUGCCGGCGACGACGCGCCUGCCGCCAAACGCCACCAGUCCGAAGCAAAUAAGCUGCCUCCAUCCCCGCCAAGGUCAAGGGCAUCGUCGGUCGAGAUGAAGGACGCCGCCGACUCUUCCUCCUCCAAGAUCGACCUGAGCAGUGUCAACGACGAGAUCGUCGAGGCUGUCAUCGUCCAGCUCCAAAAUGCCGGCAACCGCCCCCACAUCGUCAAGGAGCUCGUCCCCGUCCUGAUGCAACAGCUCAAGAUCGUCCAACAAUCCGCAAAUCCUUCUGCAAUCAUCUCGUCCCGGCUGUCUACCUAUCUAAAGCGCUCUUGCUGGAACGCAAACAACCCUUGCCCCAUGGCUAAGGAGCUCGAGACAGUCCACCCGCGCAGAACAUAUUUCUACCUUACAACAUGCCCUCACGGGCCCCUGCCUGAGCCGACGAUGGCAGCUCUGGCCGCGGCGCAUGCGCGCACACUCGUCACACCGAGCGCGACCUCGGCCUCGGAAGAUGCCGAUGACGAACGGAGAAGGGAGCUCAGCCCCUCGCCCGAGGUGGAUCUGUCGUCGCCCGAGUUCGACGACGUCGACGACGACAUGCCCAUGCCGGCCACCCCUGUCGGAUCCUUCUCUGGGCGCCCAAUUCCUACGCUGGCCCUCCCCGUGCAAACACAACGUGGAGCGUCGCCACCGCUGGAGAAGGACGAGAAGGAGUUCACCCAGACGGCAGACGGCCUGCAAAAACGCAAGCUCAGCGGUGAGCUUCUGCCGGCAAAGUCUGAGCUUGUCGUCCAGAGCACGGAGCUGGACGAGCAUGCCAAGGACGACAGCCUGUUCGGCGAGUCCAAGGCCGGCGCAACUCCCAGCCACCCACCACAGAUGGCCUUCCUCGCCAGCCCGGCAAUGCGCCCUGCCUUCUCUGUCAACACGAAGAAGGAGGGUGAGGCGGAGGGCUGGGCCAAGCUCGACAGCCUCUUGGAGUGGGACCGGAGCCCCGAGACAAUCGAGCUCGACGAGCUCGACUGCCUCCUAGACGACUUCUGA